GGAGGCGGAGGAGGGGCGGCUCCGACGCGCCUCGCCAGCCCGGCAACGUCAGGCAGCGGCUGGUGAUUUGCUGGCCGCGCAGCCGAGCCCCGCUAGAGAGUCUGGAAGCGGGCGCUGCGAACUCGCCUGCCGCGCCGCCGGCGAUGCUCUGCCCUCGCCCGACGCCGCCGCUGCCCUCGCCGCCGCCGCCGCCGCCGCCGCGGGCUCUCCAGCCGCCCGCCCGCCUGGCCCGGGACGCCGCGCGCCGAUUGUUGACCCCCCCAAGAGACGGUUUUGGACAGAAAGACUGUAGAAAGACUCCCUAAUGCCUGCAGCCCGGGAGGAGCAUUAUGGAUUUGACUAAGAUGGGUACAGUUCAGCUCCAGAACUCCAGCCACGCUACUGGCCUUCUCCAGAAAGCCAACCAGAUGCGCCUGGCUGGCACCCUGUGCGACGUGGUGAUCCUGGUGGACAGCCAAGAAUUCCAUGCCCACCGGACCGUCUUGGCAUGCACCAGCAAGAUGUUUGAGAUCCUUUUCCACCGCAACAGUCAGCAUUACACCUUGGACUUUCUCUCGCCAAAGACCUUCCAGCAGAUUCUGGAGUACGCCUACACUGCCACCUUGCAGGCCAGAGUUGAGGACCUGGAUGACCUGCUCUAUGCGGCCGAGAUCCUGGAGAUUGAGUAUCUGGAGGAACAGUGCUUGAAGAUCCUGGAGACCAUCCAGGCAUCAGAAGACAACGAGGCUGAAGUCAGCAUGACCGACGGUGGGGCCGAAGAGGAGGAGGACCGCAAGUCCAGAUACAUUAAGAACAUUCUGAUCUCCAACCAUUCCAGCGAGGAGAGCGGCUACUCCAGCCUGGCCAGCCAGACCCUGAUGGGGACGAUGGGGGAGCACAGCCCCUCGGUCUCCACCUCCUUCGGCUUGGCGGCUAUGAGCCCCACCAAGACUGCUGUGGACAGCUUGAUGAGCAUCGGCCAGUCGCUCUUGCAGGGGGCUCUGCCCCACCAGGCCCUCCAGGAUCUGCACUCUGCCAGUGGCCGGUCCCUGGCCGUGUCUGAGCUGAAGACCGAAGCCAUGCAGGUGGAGGAGGCCUCCAGCCACGAGAGCCCCAGGUCAGCCGAGCUGGGCGCUUCCGGGGGGGACAAAGCAGAGGAUAAGAGCAAGCAAGGGCCUGGAACCCCGACCCGCAGCAGCGUCAUCACAAGCGCCCGGGAACUUCACUACCCCCGGGAUGACAACACGGAGCAGCCCACUGAGGCAGUGCCAGGCCCCAUGGUUGGGCCAGACCUCUUGGCCUCCCGCGGGGAGAAGCCGAUGGGCAUCUAUUCAGUACUGCCCAAUCACAAGAGCGAGUCCGUGCUCGGCCUGCCCGUCUCCAUGGCCCCCACCCUGCACGUGCAGCCGGCCCUGGCAGUCUCCAUGGACUUCGGCUCCUACGGAGGGCUGCUCCCUCAGGGCUUCAUCCAGAGAGAGCUCUUUAACAAACUCGGGGAACUGGCCGUGGGAAUCAAAACCGAACACCGGACUGUCGGUGAGCAGUGCAGCGUUUGUGGGGUGGAGCUGCCGGACAACGAGACAGUGGAACAGCACAGGAAACUGCACAGUGCAAUGAAGACAUACGGGUGUGAAUUGUGUGGAAAAAGAUUCCUUGACAGUCUCCGCCUUCGGAUGCACUUACUGGCUCAUUCAGCAGGUGCCAAAGCCUUUCUCUGUGACCAUUGUGGUGCACAAUUCUCUAAAGAAGAUGCCCUGGAAAGUCACAGGCAGACCCACACUGGCUCAGACAUGGCCGUCUUCUGCCUGCUCUGUGGGAAACGCUUCCAAACGCAGACAGCCCUGCAGCAGCACAUGGAAGUGCAUGCUGGUGUGCGAAGCUACAUCUGCAGCGAGUGCAACCGCACAUUCCCCAGCCACACAGCCCUCAAAAGGCACCUACGGUCGCAUACAGGCGACCAUCCGUACGAGUGUGAAUUCUGCGGGAGCUGCUUCCGAGACGAGAGCACUUUGAAAGGACACAAGCGCAUCCACACCGGGGAGAAGCCCUACGAAUGCAACGGCUGCGGGAAGAAGUUCAGCCUGAAGCAUCAGCUGGAAACCCACUACAGGGUCCACACGGGCGAGAAGCCGUUUGAGUGCAAACUCUGCCACCAGCGGUCCCGAGAUUACUCCGCCAUGAUCAAGCAUCUCAGGACCCACAACGGAGCCUCCCCCUACCAGUGCACCAUCUGCCUGGAAUACUGUCCCAGCCUUUCCGCCAUGCAGAAACACAUGAAAGGCCACAAGCCGGAGGAGAUUCCAGCUGACUGGAGGAUAGAGAAGACCUAUCUCUACCUGUGCUACGUCUGAUGGGACACAUGGAGAAAAGAAACUGGAAAGGACUAGACAGAAUCAACCCCCUCAAUUGCUCCCUUUCCUUUUCCUUUUUUCCACCCCAAUUUUUUUUCUUAUUUUGCUUUUGGUUCUGUUCAUCCAGGAUUUGCUGGCUCCUUCUUUCCCAGCUUCCAUUGUCCUUAAGGUUGCAAGGAGCGAGUGGGGCAGGGAGAAACAAGGAAAAGGGAAGAGACCCCAUUGGGGUCCCUCCAAGAAUCCCCAAAAGAGCAUCCCCCUCAGCCCAUCGCAAGCCCUGGCCAGCUGUGAAGUUGUCUUGCAUGGUGGUCAUGUCUCCUGAGUGGGGGGGGAGGCUCAUGGCUCUGGGGUUCGUCUGGCCCUUGGUGCUCCUUGGGCGGGGGGGACGGCUAAUUCUGUCAUGGUGUAAGCUGAGAUCUAAUCAACUCCCUGCACUGCUGCCUUGGUUUCCCAAGGAUCCUUGGAAUUGUAGCAUCAUGAGGAGUCUCUGUUGGGUUCCUUUCAUUUUGUUCCAUUGCUGAUGCCUAACACACCCAUGCUCCUCCUGGAAUUCCCCCCAAAUUCUCUCUCUCUCUCUCUCUCUCUCUCUCUCUCUCUCUCUCUCUCUCUCUCUCUCUCUCUCUCUCUCUCUCUCUCUCUCUCACACACACACACACACACACACACACACACUCCCCAUCCUCACUGGUUCCUUUGAGAGGUGACCUAGCUGCCAACUUCAAGGACAUGUUGGGCGAGAUGGAACUGUUAGGGAGAAGAACAGCCAGGGAGCUCUGUGAUGCCACAACUGUGGGGAAGGUACCAGCUGCCUUGGGACAUCCUAGAUCCCAUCUGGCGGUUGCUUGAGAAGAUCUAGGAAGUGCAGAGGUUCUCCCGGGGGUCUGCUACAGGAGAGCAUUAGAACCUACAGCAUGAUUAGAACUGACCACGUUUUGGCCUUGGCAGCUCAAGUAUUGGGGAUGGUUGCCUCAAAGAACGUGGCCCUGGAUGUGCUCGGAAUUGGCCUCCAGUUAUUCCCUGGGAGCGGCGAUCCUUUCUUCUGACCAAAGACCAUUCUAUGCAUUUAUUUUUAUUUAUUUAUUUUUGAAGCAAGAGGGGAGGGAGGGAUGAGGAGGAGAGAGGCAGCGUAAGUUUGCACAUUUGCUAGCUUGGACGGCCAGCCGUGUCUGAGCAGAGGAGAAAGCCAAAUGACAAGGCUUAAGGGAAGCCCAGCAGCUGCUGGAGAGGCCCCGAUCCUACCUGCCAAGGCUUUGGGGAAGCUCUGGGAAGCCCCCAUUCUCCAGCCCUUCCCCACUGACUUCCAUGGGGGUGAAAGGGCUGUGCUUUCUCCUAGUCAACAGCCUCAGUCGCACUCCCUCCUCUGUAGAUCCACAAGUCAAAGUCCAUGGAAGUCUCAGCUCCACUCACAUGAAGCUGGAGAGAACCCGCCAUCAGUGGAUGGGAACCAACCCAGCCGUGGCUUCGUUUGUUCAUGUGGAUGGGCUUUCUGAAGAGUCUUACCUCCUGUAGCUGAUCAUGGAACCCAGGUUUGAGGUGUGUCAAGGCUGCAGUGCAGAACGGGGGGGGGGGAACUCACAGUCUUGACCUCUGCCCACAGAGCAGCCUUCUUGGCCCAUGGAGCUCUCCAAGGAUCAAUUUGGAUCUUUCUUCUGCCCAGGACUGCCUAGCAAAUGUGGGGAUGGGUGGCUAAAGAGACAGGGCUGCUUUGGCCUCGUACUUUUUCUGCUCUUUGUGCAUCAGCAACAACCAGAGAAAUGGAUUGAGCAGGUCUGACCCAAAGUUGAGAGUCCCUUGAAACACUGCUUGCUCCUCUCGGAAGACCAAUUCCAAGAGGUAGAGCAGCUAAUGCUGUCUCUGUGCAGGUGUGUCUCCUGACAGCCACCUGGGCUUCUCUGAGAGGCAAGAGAGCCUUUUGCACUGAGUGGCCCCCUUGCAGCCAUCAGCAAAUCUUCACGUCCCCAAUAGUUUCUUCUGGGGAGGCUCCUCCAUUUCCAUUUUGCACAUAACAACAUUGCCAAGAGGACGGGAGAGUCCUUAUAUAGUCCUAUCUCUUGGGGGGGGGGGACUGAGACUCUCUUCCAGCUCAUCCUUCUUUCUACUCCAGGGAAGUUGUGCCCCCUGGGACCUUUCUCCGCCCCUCCAAAACCUUAGAUUAGGGGCAGCUUCCAGGGCUUUUCCCAGAAUAGCUACCAAAUUGCAAUUGGGCAGAAGGAAGGAAGGAAGGCAUACAGGUCUGGAAGAACUGUUAAGUGGACUUCAUGCCCUUGAUUUAAGUGCAAUCAGAAUUCAAUCCAGUUUAAAUUUUUACUUGUCCCCCUCCCUCAAUGUCCUUGUCCUGGGAUGCCCCUUCUGGAGGGCCACCUUAGCUUGAAAAGGUGGCCUUCUGCCCGCUUGAAAGACUGGCAAGUGGCUUGAGGCUUCCUUGCUUCUCCAUCUUGACCCUUGGUGCCUUCAACCAAGGGGAGAGGUCCUUUCUCUUCUCUCUUGCACCCCCCCCCCAUUGAACACGGUCCCCUCAAGACUUCUCUGAGGCCCUUCCUGCCCAAGACUUCUGUCACCAUCGCAACUGAGAGGGGAAUGCAAUGUCCUCUGUCUUUGUGGUGUCUUUGCUUUCCUUUUGAUGAUUUUCUCAUUUUCGCACAUUGUACUUGAAAAGACCUCAGUUUCUUGUGACCUCAUGAGCUUCUUUGAGUUGGCUUUCUGUGGGGAAGGGGGAUGAGUUGGGGGUUCAUUGCUGAAGAGGCCACCAGGCAGGGCUGGAAAGGAAGGUUUGCACCCGUGUUCAAACACAGCCGACAAAACCCCACGGACAGUGUUCUCUACCCCAGCCUUCUUGUUUCGUGUUGAUUGUGCAUUAUUAUUAUUGUUACUACCAAAAUUGGUGUUUGUUUUUAUGAUCCAGCCUGACGGGGUUCAGAGAUGAUCUUGAAAAGCUACCUCUUUUUCAGUUGAUGUUGUUAUUGUUAAGUUUCUUGUUCCUAUUUUGUUUUUGUUUUUUUUGUUUGGCAGUUACAGAAGCACAGGUUUUUUUUUGCAAUAUUUGUGGGUGGGUGGCUUUGUAAAUUUCACUUCAGUUCUCAUCUCAUGCUUUAUAUUUGCAAUUGUACAUUUUAUGUUGUAAUUUAGCUGCUUUUUAUAUAUGGGGAAAUGUUUAGCAAAGAAAGUGUAGAUCAUUGUUUCUCAACCUUGACCACUUUAAGCGGUGUGGACUCCAAUUCCCAGAAUUCCCCAGCCAGCUAUACUGGCUAGGGAGUUCUGGGAACUGAAGUUUAAAGUGAUCAAAGUUGAGAAACACUGAUGUAGAUGGAAGAAUUUUAAGCGAUAUCUCUCUAUCCUGUUGCCCAACACACUUACCCUCCUAAAUCUGACCCCGAUCCUUCCUCAAUGUUGGAAAAUACUGAAGGCCUUAAAAAUGGGGUGGGGGGAGAGAGAAAAAAAAUGAUAAAAGAGACCCUAUGUCCUUGUAAGUCCAGAGAGCUGAAAAUUUAGUGAAACCUUUAGCAAUUUGGUAAAAGAAAAAAAAUAAACCAGUUAAACUUGAAUAUGUGAAUAGUUAAGUAGAGUUUUGUUUAUAAUGUGAAAAAAAGAGAAAUGACAGCAUUUAAAGCAGAUCGUUUAAUGAACAACAUGCAGUAAAUGUACCAGUGUGACAUUUGUCAGAAGCGGCAACUGCAACCGGCCCUUCUGAUGUAGCCCCAACCUUGUUGGGGUUUGUCUUUUUAAAAUGGGGAGGGGGAAGUGUUUGGGGAGUCUUCCUCCCUUCCCCACCCCUCACCAAGCUAAAAGUGUUGGACUGAUAAAUUAUUUCAAAAGUGUAAUAUUUUUGUAACCUUUGUUAGUCUCUGUGUCAAGCAGGAUGUCGUCCCUCUUCUUCCCUUUGUAAAUGUGAACAGGAACAUGUUUGCGUCUGCGGGUCUGCGUUGGAAACCUAGUAUUAAAUAAUAAAUCAUGCAGUAUUGUUGUAAAGAGUUUGCCAUAUCAGAUGGUACUCAACGUGGGCGGGAAUCCCGGCUUGCAAAGCUCAUUUGGAAAGGGCACAGGAUCCCGGGUUUCUCGGGGGGGGACCCUUGAUGGGCCGUGGAGAGGACGGGCUGGAGCAGAGUGGGAAGGGCACUCAACUGGUUUUGGGGAGCAGAUGGUGGGCUGGCCUCUUGCCACUUGCCUCCCUCGCUUCCUCUCUCUUAAUGAUGGUUGGCUUUCUGCCAUUGCAUGGCAUGAUCCAAGCUAGCUUGACUGGUGACAGGGUGGCAAAGCGCUUGGUGCCAUGGGAGGGAGGAAGAGGGUGUGCCACCCGACGGGACCUGCACAAACCAGAUGGAAUUCGGGGGCUUCCAAGGGCUAGAGCCCCAUAGCUUCUCUGGGGUCCCCUCCUCUCUUCCUUGGCCCCUUAACAGUUUGCCGUUCUGGCUCCCUGUUCUGAGCGCCUUACCACGUGUGAUUCCCUCCCACCAACCCAGCCCUCUGUGGUGUCCCCCGACCCCUUUUGUGGGCUUGAUUUGGCUUCCCUUUACAAGUAUAUAUUCCUGGCUGUCUGUGAAUGUUGCUUUGGGAUUACAUUUCAGAAACUGAAAGCAGUACGAUUAUUGUAUACAAACCCUUGCCGGUGUGUGUUUCGUGCGUAUCCGUCCAAUGGAGAAAUAUAACUUUGUGGCUUCUUUGUGGUGGGAAACAAGACCGGGACGGCUUCAUAGUACGAUCCUCAACACAGCUUUGAAAAAAUGGCUUUUUCCUUUUUUUUUGUCAACCUUUGUGCCUGAAAAGGAGUGUGUUUGUGUGUGUGUUGAUUUCUGCACAUUUUGGGGGGGGGGAGGAAUAAAAUGCUGCAGUGCUUUCUUAAUUAAUGAUUUGGUACCUUGGGGGAUCUGGUGGGACUUGCUAGCUAAGGAAUGUCAUGGUAUUCCCCAUCUUUAUUCUUGGAGGACAAAAUCUGGCACCCCUGCAAUUCUCAACCCGAGGUCCCCUAGAGCUGGUGGAAGGGGCUCUGUUGGUGCAAGAAAGGGUGCCCAGGCCACAUUGCCUUCCAGUCACCCCCAUCCUUUGUCCCCCACCCCCACCCCACAAGGCUGUGUUUUGCUUCACAGCAACAUGACUUGCACAUGCACUCAAAGCCCAUGCCAGAGCUGCCAAGCCUUACUCUGUUGGCAGCUGCAGAGAAUUAGUCAAAGCGCAGGGAAUGGGCACCUUCCAAGCUUUAAGCAGUCUCAAUCUCUUAAGCAGUCUUUCAAUUCAAAGUAAUGCAAUGCCAUUGUUCUCCUAGCCCCACCCACUUCAUCCUGGCCCCGCCCCCAGUCUCUAAAGGCUGCAAGAGGGGUCUGCUUUCCCUUGAUUGGUGCCAAAGGUUUUUGGCAGAGAAGGCAGGGGGGUGGGAAAGAUGUUCAGGGUCUCCUGGGGCUGGAUAUCUGUGCCAGCUUUCGCUCUCCCCUUACCAUGACCUCCCUCAGCCCAGGGCUGUUUUCUUAACACACGUCUCAGUAUUUGUUGGGCAUAGUGUUUAAAGGAGGCGUGACUUUUUGGAGGCCCAGAAGCCAUGCUAAAUCUCCAUGGAUGUUCAUAAGCACUGAGGACCAAUUUUGUCCUUCUGGACCAAGCAAACUUAAAGCUUAUUCUUCACUUGUUGUGUUUUAUCUCUUAUCUCUUCAUGUUGUCACAGUUAAAAGUGUCAGUUUGAUUGCUUCAUGUUAAAAGAGAAAUCAUGUUUUUUAAUUGCUGUCCUGGCUCGGUCUACCUCAGCACCUCCUGCUAGCUUGACUUAAGAAGGUGCCAGUUGUUCUUUUGUUAUUUAGUUUAUUUUUCAAAUACUGUGUUAUGUAUAUUUUCUGUUAGUUCUUUUGCAGUGCAGCUUGUGCGUCUUAUUAUAAGCUUUCUCUAGAGUCUUAGACGCAUUUAAGUUAAACACACACACAUACACACAUACACACAAAACAAAUAAAUAAGUCCUCCCUCCACACACACCCUCCCAAAGAAAGUUGUGAUGUCCCUUUUCUAGUUGCCAAUUCUCUCCUGCAUCUAUUCUGUAAGGCACAGGAGUGUCCUCUGUAAACCUGAGUUUUCUGGCGAGGGGGAAAAAAAAUGACAAAAGGAUUUUUUCCCCCAAAAAAGAUGUAUUGCUGCAGGUUUUUUUUUUUCUCCAUUUGUCACUAAGUGAAGUUUGUGCCUUCUAUAGCAAAGAGAAUAUUUUUUACAUCCUACUAACAGUAGAUUUUUUUGUAGUGGACAUUUUUUGUAUUUUUAUUUAUAAGUCUCAUAAGGAAAAUAGCAAUGUUCAGUUGUAUACCUUGAAUCUGCAAUUAGGAAAAAAACCCAAUAAAGUUAAUUCAGUCGUUGAUG